GCUUGACAUCGUUUCUGACUUGCUUGUGAUUCAUGUUUUGUUAGCUAAUCUGGCUAGCAGAUGUCGACUGGCUGAACUUUGUUUUCAGAUGAAUAUAUGCGCAUAAAACGGUUCAAACGCCACUCCUAGUUAGAGGGGAGGAUGGCGCAUCGACGUACCCCACCUGAGCUGUCCCAGAGGACAGAGUACCUGGAACCUGAUAAUGAUUCCGACAGGGACUCUGGUGUUGGGGAUGAUGCAGGGGAGGAUGCUGACAGUUGCCAUGGAAGCACGGUAACAGAAGAGGAGAAAGUCAACAAGCAAGAUGGCAGCGAAGAAAACAUUGGAGAGGGAGAAGAUUUUACAGUUUUUGUUGCCUUUCAAGGGAAUAUGGACGAUGAAGAUUUCACACAAAAACUUGACUCUAUCCUCAGUGGGAUUCCAGACAUGCUUGAUAUGGGCUCUGAGAGGCUCCAGCCACAGCAUGUGGAGCCGUGGAACAGUGUGCGAGUUACCUUCAACAUUCCUCGGGAUGCUGCUGAGCGACUCCGACUGCUGGCCCAGAACAACCAGCAGCAGCUCAGAGACCUGGGGAUUCUCUCUGUGCAGAUAGAAGGGGAAGGGGCCAUCAAUGUGGCUGUGGGACCAAAUAGAGGACAAGAAGUCCGAGUGAAUGGACCAAUUGGAGCACCUGGACAGAUGAGAAUGGAUGUUGGCUUUCCAGGUCAGCCUGGUCCAGGAGGGGUAAGGAUGGCUAACCCAUCGAUGGUUCCCCCUGGCCCUGGCAUGGCAGGUCAAGCUAUGGUACCAGGCAGCAGUGGACAGAUGCAUCCUCGUGUUCCAAGACCAUCUUCACAGACAGGUUCAGAUGUGAUGGAGCCAAUGAUGCCAGGUAUGUCGGUUCAGCAGCAACAGCAACUUCAACACCAACAGGCUGGUCCCCAUGGCCCUGGCCCAAUGCCUCCUCAGGCUGCCCAUCACAUGCAGGCCCUGCAAGCCGGGAGACCGCUCAACCCCGGUGCACUGCAGCAGUUACAGCACCACCAACAGCAACAGGCCCAACAGCAAGCUCAACUCUCCCAGCUUGGACCUAGACCUCCAUUUAACCCAUCAGGCCAGAUGGCUGCGCCUCCUGGAUGGAACCAGUUGCCCCCUGGGGUGCUUCAGCCACCAGCUGCCCAAGGAGGCCAUGCCUGGAGAAAGCCCCCACCCCAAGCCCAAAUUCAACGUCCACCCUCCCUUGCUACAGUUCAGACUCCCAGCCACCCUCCACCCCCUUACCCAUUCGGCAGCCAGCAGGCUGGGCAGGUAUUCAAUGCCAUGGGACAGGGACAGUUACAGCAACAACAGCAGACGGGAGUGGGUCAGUUUGCCGCCCCCCAGCCUAAAGGCCCACAAGCUGGCCCUGGUGGUGUCGUGGGACCACCCAGACCUCCUCCACCCCUUCCACCAACCUCUGGGCCACAGGGCAACCUCACUGCCAAGUCGCCUGGUUCCUCCUCGUCUCCUUUUCAGCAGGGUUCACCAGGGACUCCUCCCAUGAUGGCUCAGAGACCUACAACUCCACAGGGUUUUCCCCAGGGCGUUGGAUCACCAGGAAGAGCAGCCCUCGGCCAACAGGGUAACAUGCAACAAGGAUUUAUGGGAAUGCCCCAGCAUGGACAGCCUGGGGCCCAAGUUCACCCAGGCAUGCAGAAGCGUCCCAUGGGCUUUCCAACCCAAAACUUUGUCCAAGGUCAGGUGAGUGCCAGCACUCCAGGAACCCCUGGUGGAGGACCCAGUCAGCAGCUACAGAGCAGUCAAGCGAUGACUCACACAGGAGCUCAGCCAUCAGCCUCCACACCAAACUCAAUGCAGGGUCCUCCUCAUGCCCAACCCAACAUUAUGGGUGUGCAAAGUAGCAUGGCGGGUCCGCCCCCUGGUACAACUGCUGGGCCUAGUAUGGGGCAGCAACAGCCUGGCCUCCAGACCCAGAUGAUGGGCCUCCAGCAUCAGGUCCAGCCCGUGUCCUCCUCCCCCAGCCAGAAGGUUCAAGGCCAGGGUGGAGGUCAAACUGUCCUCUCAAGGCCCCUCAGUCAAGGGCAGAGGGGAGGGAUGACCCCACCCAAGCAGAUGAUGCCUCAGCAAGGCCAGGGGGUGAUGCAUGGGCAGGGUCAGAUGGUUGGAGGCCAAGGGCACCAGGCCAUGCUCAUGCAGCAGCAACAGCAACAACAGCAGCAAAACUCCAUGAUGGAACAAAUGGUUAACAAGCAGGCAUUUGGAGGCAAGAUUCCAGCUGGGGUCAUGCCUGGCCAGAUGAUGCGUGGCCCUUCUCCAAACGUUCCAGGUAACAUGGCUCAGUUCCAGGGCCAGGUUGGCCCACAGCAGAUGACUCCACAACAGCAACAACAAAUGGCUCAACUCCAACAGCAGCAGUUACAACAGCAGCAGCAGCACCAGUUGCAACAGCAACAGCUACAGCAGCAGCAGCAGCAGCAGCAACAACAACAACACCAGCAGAUGAACCAGCAACAGCCCCAACAGGUUCCUAUUGCUGGCAAUCCUAAUCAAGCUAUGGGCAUGCAUGGGCAACAGAUGAGGCUCCCUGCUGGUCAUCCACUUAUCCAACAGCAGUUGCAACAGCAACAGCAGUUGCAGCAGCAGCAGCAGCAGCAGCAACAGCAGAAACAACAGCAACAAGCCAUGUUGCAACAGCAACAGCAACAACAACAGGCAGCUCAACAACACCCACAUCCUUUGGUAGAUCCUAAUAGUGGGACAGGAGACUUGGGGGUUCAACAGAUGGUCCCUGAUAUGCAGGCGCAGCAGCAAGGCAUGAUGGGGGGCCCUCAGCACAUGCAGAUGGGAAAUGGCCAUUUUGCAGGUCAUGGCAUGAACUUUAACUCACAGUUCCAAGGUCAGAUGCCAAUGGGGGGACCCUGUGGACAGCCUGGUGGCUUCCCUGUCAGCAAGGAUGUAACACUGACUAGCCCACUGCUGGUUAACCUGCUGCAGAGUGAUAUCUCUGCCAGUCAGUUUGGGCCAGGAGGAAAACAGGGAGCAGGUGGGGGCAAUCAGGCCAAACCCAAAAAGAAGAAACCUGCACGGAAGAAGAAACCCAAAGAGGGAGAGGGACAACAACAAGUAGAGGGACUUGGUGGUCUUGAUGCAGCUGCUGGCAUGGAGGAUUCCGAACUCCCAAACCUCAGUGGCGAACAGAGUUUGGGCUUAGACAACUCUGGCCCAAAACUCCCUGAUUUUGCCAACAGGCCUCCAGGCUUUCCUGGCCAACCUGGAGACCAGAGAGUGUUGCAGCAAGUACCCAUGCAGUUUAUGCAACAGCAGCAGCAACAACAACAACAACAACAGCAGCAGCAGCAGCAGCAGCAGCAGCAGCAGCAACAACAACAACAGCAGCAGCAGCAGCAGCAGCAGCAACAACAACAAAUGCAGCACAUGCAACAGCAGCAGAUACAGCAACAACAAAUACAGCAGCAGCAACAAAUGCAACAACAGCAAAUACAGCAACAACAGCAAAUACAGCAACAGCAGCAACAGUUACAACAACAGCAGAUGCAGCAACAGCAGCAGCAGCAGAUACAACAGAUGCAGCAGAUGCAGGGUCUCCAGAAUGCUCAAGGGCAGCAGGGGAUGACUGGGCCACAGACUGCGGGUCAAGGCCAGCCCCAAAUGCACCCUCAUCAGCUGCAGCAACAACAGCAGCAGCAAACUCAACAGCCACACCUGCAACAGCAGCAACAACAGCAGAUGAUCAUGAUGCUGAAAAUACAGCAGGAGCAGGCAAAGAAUCGCAUGUCCAUCCCUCCAGGGGGGCAGCUACCUCCUCGGGGAAUGGGCAAUCCACCUGAGGUGCAGAGGCUUCCUGUAUCGCAGCAAGGCAACAUGCCUGUAAUGAUCAGCCUUCAAGGACAUGGGGGAGUACCGCCAUCACCUGACAAAGCCAGAGGGAUGCCCCUGAUGGUGAACCCACAGCUUGCAGGCGCUGCACGAAGAAUGUCCCAUCCUGAAGUAGGGCAGGGUCCCCAAGCCACUGGAUCUGAAGAGUCCUCUGGAGGGGCCCACUCGAAGCAGGACAGGCCUGGUGGCCCAGAAAUUGGGGUACAGUCUGGAAAUGGCAACCAACAGAUGAUGGCCAAUCAGGGUUCCAACACUCACAUGAUGAAGCAAGGGCCUGGUCCAUCAUCAAUGCCCCAGCACACUGGAGCCAGUCCCCAGCAACAGUUACCCACUCAGCCUCAACAAGGAGGCCCCAUACCUGGCCUUCAUUUCCCGAAUGUCCCCACAACCUCACAGAGUUCCAGGCCCAAAACCCCCAACAGAGCCAGCCCCAGGCCAUACCACCACCCCCUCACCCCAACUAAUCGUCCACCCAGUACUGAACCCUCCGAAAUCAACCUUUCACCUGAGAGGCUAAAUGCUUCUAUUGCAGGGCUGUUUCCUCCCAAAAUCAACAUUCCUCUGCCUCCCAGGCAGCCUAACCUAAACAGGGGGUUUGACCAGCAAGGUCUUAACCCAACAACUCUGAAAGCCAUUGGGCAGGCCCCUCCUAGCCUAACUCUACCAGGCGGCAACAACAACAAUGGCAGUGUGGGUGGAAAUAACACUAACAACAAUCAACAGUCCUUUUCCACUGGUACUGGAGCAGGAGGUGUAGGCACUAAACAGGACAAGCAGUCUGGAGGGCAGAGUAAACGGGCAAGUCCAAGCAAUAGUCGGAGGUCAAGUCCAGCCUCUAGCCGCAAGUCAGCCACCCCAAGUCCAGGGAGACAAAAGGGGACAAAGAUGGCAAUCGCCUGCCCUCCCCCCCAGCAGCAGUUGGUCAACCCUCAGGGGCAAACCAUGAUGCUAAACCCUACCUCAGUACCCCCAAGUCCAGUAUCUAUGCCUUCACAAGUGAGUGGUGGCAUGGAGGCACAGCAGACCCAGAGCUCCUUCCAUGGGAUACAAGGAAACCCUGUUGAGGGAGUCCGGGAAAGUCAGGGCACGAUGACAGCAGAGCAGCGACAGAUGCCUCAGCCUCAACAGCCUUUGAGGGAGUUAUCAGCUCCUAGAAUGGCAAGUCCUCGUUUCCCAGCACCUCAGCAGCCUAAACCUGACUUGGAAAUGCAGGCUGGCACAGGUGAUAGGCAGCCAGCCCACGCAGCACCUAUGCAGGACUCGGAGGUCUCACCUACUCUCAGGACAGCUCCAACCUCCCUCAACCAGUUACUGGAUAACACGGGUAUCCCAAACAUGCCUCUUCGGCCCGUACAGAGUAAUACUGUUAGGGAUGUCAUGGGAAAGGACAGCCCUAAGUCUGCUUUGGAUCCGGAGAGACCACUCCACAGUAAUUCCCAGAAUACAGAUAUGUCAGCUUCUGCUGCGACUACUGCCACUAUAAAUGAAUCAGAAGCUAAACCCAAACCUGCUGUUUCAAUCCCUACCAGCAGUCCUAAUUUGCAGCCUGCUUCAGUUCCCAGCUUGCACCCUAGCACUAAUGUAAACUCCAAUACUACCCCCAGCCUUAACCAAAACCCCAUCUCCAGUCUUGGUGUCAAUCCCAGUCCAAAUGUAAACCCAACACCUACUCUCUGCCCCACCAUCAGUACUAACACUAAUGCCACCAUGAGUGUAAGCCCCAACUCAGUCACUUCCGGUCAGAGCAGUCCUGCCUCGACUGUUAGUACCAGUUCUAACUCCAGCUCUGCUCUGAAUCCAGCCAGUUCGGCUCUAAAACCAAGCCCUAGUCCUAAACCUGUAACAAGCGUUCACUCAGUCAUACAGAUCCCUGCCUCUUCUAGCACCAUUUCCCCCAACCAGAUUACAGUGUUUGUCACCUCUAACCCCAUCACCUCUGCCCCUACUCCCCAAGCACCCACAUCUAUGGUUUCCACCAUGGUAGCUGUCCCUAACAAGAACAUUAGACCUCAGGACAUCCGGCAGCAGGCACCCGUCACCCGACCUCCUCAGUUUAUCACCACCACCCCUGUAUUUAUCAACCCAAUUUUCCAGGUCCCAGGUGCAUCUGUGGCUCCCAAUUCCACAGUGGUAUCACAGGCAGUCACCAUGAUGGGGCCAAUUCAAGUAUCCACUACAAACAUUCAACUUUCUCCUGCCCCAAGCUCCACCCAGUCCUCAGGGGCCACCAUGACUAGCACUCAGCCUGCCAGAAGUGCUGCUGGACAGGUCCAGGUUGCCACUAGUAUCCCCUCAUCGGCACCAAUUGGUACCCUCCCAUCUCCUCAGCAAAUUAAUCCAGGGGUUCUCAAAACAGAAAAUCUAGGUGAGGCAGGUUCUGCUCAGAAAACUAGUCCCCCGGUUCAGCAGCCAUCUCCCCAUCCAAGCCCUGCAGCAUCAUCUCCCUUUCAGCCUCCUCUGGCUUCUCCUCCUCCUUGCUCUAGUCCUGGAGCUGUUAACACAAUCCGAAAGAGCCCUAUGUCUCCACCUCCCACUGCCCAGGUGAAAAGUAAACCUGCACAGGCUGCUCCAGUUGUUGCUGGUACAGCUGACCCUCAGCAGAGUCCUGUAGAAAGGCCUGCACAGGGGCCCUCUGGGGCUGUGCCACCACAGGUUUUUCAUCCUCCCGCUAGUCCUGCCAUUCAGAUUGAAGCAUUAGCUCCCCAUACUACUGCUGCUGCUCAAAACAACAUUACUCUGCCUGCAGUCUCCUCUCCAGUCCCAGUGUCUGGCCAAGUUGCUGUUUCUACUCAGAUUGUUACCCAGGCUCCAGUGUCUGCACCAGCUUCAGUCUCAAGCCCAGCCCAGCCUGUAACUUCUCAAGCUCCUAUUGUCACGGUAGUUGGUACUACCACAGGUGUCUCUUCUGCUACCUUGCUCUCUACGGGCGCUCCUGUACAAAGUCCUGUAUCGUCCAUUGUUCCUAUUGUUGCUGGAUCUGGGCCUGUUCAGGAGGUUCCCUCUACCACGUCCUCUCCAGUUGCUAACCCCAGCGGAGUUCCACCUGCUCAGUCUGACCCCCUGCCUAUGGAGCCCUCCGUACCACCAGCAGCUGCACCUGCUGAAAGCACUCAGACCACCCCAGCACCUAUUCAACAAGAAGUCCCACAGUCCCAGGAACCUGUUGCCAGUGAGAAGACCGGUGAAGAGGUCUCAACAGGUUCUGAGCAGGGAUGGGCAAAGAAAAGAAAGACGCCCAUCAACUUAGUCCCAAGAGCUGCUGUGGAGAAGCCCAAGGGACCGAGCAGACGCAGCUCCCGGGCAGAGAAGGAGGUGGAGGAGGAGCCAGUAGCGGACAGUGGCAUUAGGAAGAGAUCAGCCAGGCCUGGAACCAGUGCUGCUGUAAAAGAAACUGGAGCAAGCCCCACCCAGGCCAAACGAAGGAAGUCUAAAUAGCCUGUGAACUGUACUGUAAAUGUUUUUGUUUUCCCGCUGUGAAUCAGUUGAUAUAUCGGUUUCUCUGUCCCAGAUUAUGAAUUUUCACUGGAGGAAGAAACCCAUGUACAGAUUGUUUUAAAAAGAAUUAUGCUAUUGUUUUGUCCAUGCUAUUAUGUGAGAUUGUAGUUAGAAUGUGUGCAUACAAGUAUGUGUUUGUGUGAAUGUGCUUUUUAUAUUAAAUGCUGGAUUAAUCAUGUGAAGACUGAUAAUGGAGCUUGUCAUGAUUGUAUAAUUAUGUUGUAAAACUGAAUUAAAUUUUCUACUGCUUUUUGUUCUGUGAAA